CUAAAUGAAGCUAAGCGACUGAUACUGUCCGUCUUCGUGGAAGAGUCCAUUGCAGUGCGUGUGAGGGGGGAGAGAUAAUAUAAAUGCAGCAUUUAAAUGGCUUUCUUUUUUGUUUUGUUAUUUGUUUGUUUGGUAUGCUGACAGCGGAGUGGAGCAAUCAGCGACGGGGAGACGUCACGUUAGUAAAACGACGAGGGCAGGACGAGGGACUUGCGCGCGGAAGUAAACAUAGGAGGAGAGCGGAGUUUAUUCAACAUGGCUAGCGCGAGACAGACUGUUGUCAAUGUUGUCGAUGUGUUUUUGGUCAUUUAAAACUGAUUUUACCGUGGACUGGAACAUAUUCUCGGCUCUCCUGUUCACCAUCUGUGUCGUUGUGGAGACAAAUUCCGACGCGCGAGAGUGACGUUGCUCGUUAAGAACACGUCACGCAAAUAAACGAAUCUGAUUUGUCGAUUGAUUUUGUACCUGCUCGGGAGGCCGUUAAUGGGCUGGUUCCCAGACUUUUCUAUCAGUGUUUGAAGAAUACAGGGAGAACAGUCUGGCCGUGCCAGGCAACCAAGCCGUUGCUCGUUGGGGCAAGGGCAGCUGGUUGGGGGCCCCCUACUGGUUUGGGGCCUAAGGCGAUCGUCUACUUCGCCUGAAUAGUAGAUCCACCUAUGGCGGUAGAGCCCAAGCCGAAAAUAGCGCACUCUAGGUGGACACUUGAAAUUCUCUUCACAUUUUUGCCUUUUAUAACUGGACAUCCUGUCCAAACUCUAAGCAACAAACCAUUCCUAUCAUUUUGAUUUGCGUGAACAAUAAAAGUGGCGCUUCUAUUUCAGUUGUAGGUUGACAGACGACCGUGUUUCCCCUUGUUUUACCUUUGCUUUAUUUCUUGGAAGUUACGUGUGCUUGGCGCCGUGACAAACGCUGACUCGCGCUACUCGUAACUCAAUGUGGAAUGACUGGACCGGAGCGCUGAGGACACAACGGGCGCGAGAAAAGCUGAAAAAGUGCAUCGUGCUCCUUUUUUUGGAAACGGGGUUCCUCAUUAUUGACUGGAAACGCCCUCAAACCUUCAGCUGGCUCACCUAAUGGGGGACGGCAUCAUGGCGGCGUACGGACAGACGCAGUACAGCCCCACCCUCCAAGCUGCCGGACCCUACGCAACUUACACGCAUCACGCGCAAGGCUACGCUGUGCCGUCUUACAACAUUAAAACAGAGGAAGGUUUGAGUCACUCGCCGGGCCAAACGGGACUUUUGGGUUACUCCAACUUCGGCAGCGCCCCUGCUGGUCAGAGCCUUUAUGGCUACUCGCACACACACGGCGCGGGCAUCUCCUCGGGAAUUUUCCAAGGGGGCCACGCCAUCUCUACGUCCACGCCGUUCAACCCUACGCAACAAGAUUUUUCCUCAUAUUCCAGCUAUAGUCAAACUCAGUACUCACCGUAUUACAACUCACAUCACUACAACAGCCCGUACCUGAGCGGCAGCAACAUAAGCCCCGCCUCCAUCGGCACCCCGUUAGCCUAUCAGCACCCGGAGCACCCUGUCAUGUUACCCAAUCACAGCCCGGAGUCUCACACAGGGGAGUACCACCAACCUCCUAGCCCACCCACACCAAGUAAAGAUGAGUGUGAGAGGGGCACCGUGUCCAUGCGGAGGGGAUCCGACGGAAAGUUGAGGGGCAGGAAAAAAGUCACUGACCCGGUGCCACCUUUGGAUGCCGACAUUGAGCGGGUGUUUAUCUGGGACUUGGACGAAACCAUCAUCAUUUUCCACUCGCUCCUUACGGGGACCUUCUCCUCAAGAUUUGGCAAGGAUUCGUCCAAAGCGGUGUCUCUGGGUUUGUGGAUGGAGGAGAUGAUCUUCAAUUUGGCCGACUCGCGGCUAUUCUUCAACGAUCUGGAGGAAUGUGACCAAGUUCAUAUCGACGACGUGGCUUCGGACGACAAUGGUCAAGACUUAAGCACGUACAAUUUUGCCAGCGACGGCUUCCAGAGCCCGGCGGGGACCGGUUCCCUCUGCUUGGGCUCGGGGGUCCACGGAGGGGUGGACUGGAUGAGGAAGCUGGCCUUCCGCUACCGCCGGGUCAAGGAGAUUUACAACACCUACAAGAAUAAUGUUGGAGGUUUGCUGGGCAGCCCCAAGCGGGAAGAGUGGCUCCAGCUGCGGCGAGAGAUGGAGGUUCUCACCGACUUGUGGCUCACGCAGGCCCUCAAAGCGCUGGCGCUCAUCAGCUCCAGGCCCAACUGCGUGAACGUUUUGGUAACCACAACCCAGCUGGUCCCGGCGCUCUCCAAAGUUCUUCUGUACGGUCUGGGCGCCGCCUUCCCCAUCGAGAACAUCUACAGUGCCACCAAAAUCGGCAAGGAGAGUUGCUUCGAGCGAAUCUCGCAGCGCUUUGGCAGGAGGGCCGUCUACGUGGUGGUCGGCGACGGAACCGAAGAGGAAACAGUCGCCAAAAAGAAGAACAUGCCAUUCUGGAGGGUGUCAUGUCGAGCCGACCUGGAGGCGCUUAGCCAUGCGCUGGAGCUGGACUACCUGUAGAGGGCGACAUACCCAAAUUUCAUGAACUCUUGGACAAAAAAGCGACCAAAACAAGCGGCUAGAGGACCAAAGCUUCUAGAAAUUUACAAAACAAUCUCUCAAUUAGAACAAAAAACAGCAUUCGAGGUAUAAGUUAACCAUUCCCUGACAUUGACGGUGCUAAAAGUCCAAUUUCACCCCCUCCCAGUCGAUAUGGAUUGGACGUCUAGCACUGUCAAUGGCAGCCACAUGAGCUAUUUAUUGCCAGUCAUGAAAUUACCUUUAAAAAAAAAAGUUUGUAUGCUUUUGUGCUUCUUAACCCUCUUUUUUGUAAAUUAGUGUUUGAUUUAUGGUCGCGCAUGUGCCGUUUUUAGCUUUGAUGAUUUGUAUAUAAUGUGCUCCAUUUGUUUUGACAU